AUGGAGACUGUCAAUGUUACUGACUUAGACCUUAUCUCUUUGUAUUCGUCACAGGAUCUGGCCAAGGCUGUCGCCAAGCAGUGUGUCGUCUUCAACUGUUCCGAUGGUCUGGACUACAGGGCAAUGGGCAAGUUCUUCAAGGGUCUGGCUCAGGCUGGUGCUUGGGCCUGCUUCGACGAAUUCAAUCGAAUCGAGCUGGAGGUGUUAUCUGUGGUGGCCCAGCAAAUUCUCUGCAUUCAGAUUGCUAUUGCACAAGGGCUGAAGCGCUUUGUUUUUGAGGGAACCGAGCUAUCCCUGAAUCCUACCUGCACCAUGUUCAUCACCAUGAAUCCGGGUUACGCCGGUCGACAGGAGUUGCCUGACAACUUAAAGGUACACUGUGAAUGA